CGCGACCCGCCCAGGAUCUGCUCAUGUCUGUCUGCAUGAACUGCAACACCCACAGCUCUGAGGACGUGGAAGUGGUCUCCAACCUCAUCAAGAUCCGCCUGAAACCCAAAGUCCUUCUCAAUCACUACAUGCUCUGCGUGAGGGAGCUGCUGAACGCUCACCGGGACAAUUUGGGCACGGUGGUUAAAUCGGUGAUCUUCAACGAACUGUCCAACGCCAGAAACCCCAACAAUAUGCAGAUCCUGUAUACCGUCCUUCAACACAGUCCAGAACUGGCGCCAAAGUUCCUGGCCAUGGUUUUCCAAGACCUGCUGACCAACAAAGAUGACUACCUGAGGGCCUCCCGGGCUCUCCUGCGGGAGAUCAUCAAGCAGACCAAGCACGAGAUCAACUUCCAGGCUUUCUGCCUGGGGCUCAUGCAGGAGCGGAAGGAGCCUCAGUACGCUGACAUGGAGUUCAAGGACCGCUUCGUCAUCCACAUCACAGACCUGCUGGCCGUCUCCAUGAUGCUCAGCAUCACCGCCCAGGUGAAGGAAGCCGGCGUGGCCUGGGACAAAGGCGAGAAGAAAAAUUUGGAAGGGCUGAGGGCUUUCCAGAACCAGAUCGCAGCCAUCCAGCGAGACGCCGUCUGGUGGCUGCACACGGUGGUCCCCUCCAUCACCAAGCUGGCUCCCAAGGAAUACAUACACUGCCUCCACAAAGUCCUGUUCACAGAGCAACCCGAGACCUACUACAAAUGGGAUAAUUGGCCCCCCGAGAGCGACCGCAACUUCUUCCUCCGCCUUUGCUCCGAAGUGCCCAUCCUUGAGGAUACCCUCAUGCGUAUCCUGGUCAUUGGUCUGUCGCGGGACCUUCCCCUCGGCCCCGCCGACGCCAUGGAGCUGGCCGAUCACCUGGUGAAACGGGCAGCGGCUGUGCAGGCAGAUGAUGUCGACGUCCUGAGAGUGGAGAGGAUUCAACUUAUCGAUGCCGUCUUAAACCUCUGUACCUACCACCAUCCCGAGAACAUCCAGCUGCCUCCGGGGUACCAGCCUCCAAAUCUGGCUAUUUCAACCCUCUACUGGAAGGCCUGGCCUCUGUUGCUCGUGGUGGCUGCAUUCAAUCCGGAAAACAUCGGUCUCACGGCUUGGGAGGACUACCCCACCCUAAAGAUGCUGAUGGAGAUGGUGAUGACCAACAAUUACUCCUACCCUCCCUGCACUCUGACCGACGAAGAAACCCGUACGGAGAUGAUCAGCCGCGAACUGCAGAUCUCUCAGCGGGAGAAGCAGGAGAUCCUGGCCUUCGAGGGCCACCUGGCCGCGGCCUCCACCAAGCAGACCAUCACCGAGAGCAGCAGCCUCCUCCUGUCCCAGCUGACCAGCUUGGAUCCCCAAGGGCCUCCCCGCAGGCCCCCUCAGCCCGUCCUGGAUCAGGUGAAGAGCCUCAACCAGUCCCUGCGCCUGGGGCACCUCUUGUGCCGUAGCCGGCACCCUGACUUCCUGCUCAACAUCAUCCAGAGGCAGGCUUCUUCGCAGUCCAUGCCGUGGCUGGCGGACCUCGUCCAGUCCAGCGAGGGCUCGCUGGACGUUCUUCCCGUCCAGUGCCUUUGCGAAUUCCUCCUGCACGACGCCGCAGAUGAGUCGGCCUCUGGAGAGGAGGAAGAGGAAGGAGAAAGCAAAGAGCAGCGGGCCAAGAAACGGCAGAGGCAGCAAAAACAGCGGCAGCUGCUCGGCCGCCUGCAGGACAUGCUUCUCGGACCCACCGCCGACGAGCAGACCACGUGCGAGGUGCUGGACUACUUCCUGAGGCGCCUCAGCUCCUCCCAGGUGGCCUCUCGGGUGCUGGCCAUGAAGGGCUUGUCCUUGGUGCUUUCCGAAGGAGCCCUCCCCGAGAAGGAGGAGAAGGAGCACCCGAUGGAGGAAGAUUCCUGGGACUUCGAGCUGCUUCGGAGCUACCAGUGGCUCCUGCGGGAUCUCCCCAAGCUGCCCUUGUUCGACAGCGUCCGGACCACCACGGCGGUGGCUUUGCAGCAGGCCGUCCACAUGGAGACGGACCCUCAGACCAUCAGCGCUUACCUGGUGUACCUGUCCCAGCAUGCUCCAGUGGAGGAACAAGGCCAACACAACGACUUGGCUUUGGACGUGGCCAGGCUGAUCGUAGAGCGCUCCACCAUCAUGUCCCACCUCUUCUCCAAGCUCUCCUACUGCUCAGAGUCCGACUCCGUCUUGGUGGCCCUGCUCUCCAUCUUCUCGCGCUACAUCAAGCGGAUGCUCCAGGCCAAAGACGGCGAGGAGGUUUACAACUGGUCGGAGGCUCAGGACCAAGUCUUCCUUCGCUGGAGCGGUGGAGAAACUGCCACGAUGCACAUCCUUGUGGUCCACGCCAUGGUGAUUCUUCUGACCCUCGGACCCCCUCAAGCGGACGACAGCGACUUCUACGCCCUGCUGGACAUCUGGUUCCCCGAGAAGAAGUCCCUCCCCACAGCUUUCCUGGUGGACACCUCCGAAGAGGCCCUGCUGCUCCCUGAUUGGCUGAAGCUGCGCAUGAUUCGCUCGGAGGUGCCGCGGUUGGUGGAUGCAGCCUUACAUGAUUUAGAGCCCCAGCAGUUGUUGCUCUUCGUCCAGUCCUUCGGCAUCCCGGUCUCCAGCAUGAGCAAACUCCUGCAGUACCUGGAUCAAACCGUUUCACACGACCCUCAGACCCUGGAGCAGAACAUCAUGGACAAGAAUUACAUGGCCCACCUUGUGGAGGUGCAGCACGAGAGAGGAGCCACGGGAGGGCAGACCUUCCACGCCCUCCUCACCGCCUCCCUGCCGUCCCACCCAGAUAGCGACGAUGCCCCACGCAUCAAAUCCAGCCUUGAGGUUCCGGAAGGGCAAGGCAGAAGCCGAACUUUAGCGCAGUUCCCGAUUGUCGAUCCCGAGGCCGACUUAGCGGGUAUCCUUCUCCAGUUGUUCCCACUGGCUCCAGACCCUCGCUGGCCAAACUCCAACCCGCGGCCCCUCGCCCUGGCUUUGCAGCAGACCCUCGGCCAGGAGUUGGCCCACCUGCGCCAAGGAGGGGGCCCGUCGUCGCCCAAGACGGCAGCGCGCCUGCUAAAGGCCCUGGCGGCCCUCUUGAACUCGCCCCACGGAGGAGCCCUGGUGAUGGCCAUGCACCGCAACCACGUCGUGGCCUGCCCUCUCCUGCGCCUGCUGUGGCAGCACCAGCGCCACACUCCCCAAGACGAGGCCUUCUCCUCACUGCUUUUCAAAGUCCUCAUGCAGAUGUUGCAGUGGCUGGAAAGCCCAGGGGUGGAAGACAGCCUCCUCCGGACUCAGCUCAAGUCCUUCGCCGUUCAGUUUUCGUCCCAACACAGGAUCAGCGAUGCCCAGGCGGGGUUCUUGCACCUGGCGGAUGCGCUGGCCUUUUGCCACGACUCGCAAGUCAUCGGCUCCACCGUCCGCGCCAUCGUGGCCACCUUGAAGUCCAGCCGAACGUGGAAUGUGGAACCAGAGCUUGUCAGCAAAGUCCUCGAAGGCCUGACCAAAACGCGCUCGCCAUAUCUGGAGGAGCUGUUGGUGACCCUCUUCUCCGUGGCCACAGAGAUGACGGCCCAUUUUCCUGCCUCCGGGCCCAUCUCGGUGGUGACCUCCCUGCUGCUCCAGUGCCGAGAGGAAAGUCGCGUUAAGAAAGACGCGGAGAGCUCCAGUGUCGAAAGCGCCUCGGGGCUCUUCAUCGAUUGGUUGGAGUUGCUGGAUCCGGAAGUCGUCAGCAGCUGCCCUGAUCUGCAGCAGAAACUGCUCUUCUCCUGGGACAAGGGUAAAGAUUCAUCGGAAUCGGAGCCCCUCUCCUUCCGCCCGAACCUCCUGGCCCUCCUGACACACCAGUCCAGCUGGACCACGCUUCACCGUUGCAUCCGGAGUAUGCUCGGCAGAAGCCAAGAGUGCAGUUUUGACCCAACGGCUUCCUUGGAUUUCUUGUGGGCCUGCAUUCAUAUGCCCCGCAUCUGGCAAGGGAGGGACCAAAGGAUCCCACAGAAACGCCGGGAAGAGUUUGUCCUGCGCCUGAGGACCUCCGAGCUGCUGAGCUUGGUGGGGCUCAUCCUGGCGGAAUCGGAAAGCAGGACCCCCAACCCCAAGGAGAGCGGCUGUUUGGUCACCCAGUCCCGGCUGCCCCUCCUCCUGAGCUGCUGCCAUGGAAACAUGCAGAGGAUCCAAAGGGUCACCGAGCACCUGAUCUCCUCCAUCCAGAAGUGGGGAAAGAGCUCCAUGGGGAAACACUGCCGAGAUCUCCUCCUACAGAUGUACCUUCAGCUGCCGGAGCUCCUGGUGCCGAUGCCCGAGAGCCUCUUGUCCUGCGAAGGGGCCACUGACAGCAGCCCCUGUAAGCUGGACAGCCUGAUCCACCGGUUCAUCACCCUCCUCGCCGACGCCGGCGACGUGAAGAUGAAUGAAGGGCGGCUCUGGGACGCCAAUAUGGCAUGUCGGAAGCUGGCCGUGGCUCACCCCAUCCUCCUGCUCAGGCACCUGCCGAUGAUGGCCGCCCUGCUGCAUGGCCGGAUCCACCUCAACUUCCAGGAAUUCCGCCAGCAGAAGCACCUGGCUUUCUUCCUGCACGUGCUGGGAAUUCUGGAGCUCUUACAGCCGCACGUUUUCCAGAACGAGCACCAGGGGGCGCUGUGGGACUGUCUCCUUUCCUUCAUUCAGUUGCUUCUGAGCUACCGGAAGUCUUCUCGCCACCUGGCCUGCUUCAUCACCAAAUUCGUGCAGUUCAUUCACAAGUACAUCACCUCCAACGCUCCGGCCGCCGUCUCCUUCCUGCAGAAGCACUCCGAUCCCCUCCACGACCUGUCCUCGGACAGCAACGACCUGGCGAUGCUGAAAUCUCUUCUGGCUGGUCUCAGCUUGCCCAGUCGGGCUGGGGCUUCGGAUCGCGGAGCUGAGGAUGAAAAGAACGAUGAGGCGGCAGCCGGAUCCUUGCCCCUGGUCAGCGUCUCCCUCUUCACGCCACUCACCCCCGCUGAGAUGGCCCCCUACAUGAAGAGCCUAUCCAGGGGUCAGAACGUCGAGGAUAUCUUGGAGGUGCUGACCGACAUCGACGAGAUGGCUCGGCGGAGGCCGGAAAUCCUUGCUUUUUUUUCUACUCACUUGCAAAAACUGAUGAACUCUGAAGAGGAGACUUGCCGGAAUCUGGCUUUCAACCUGGCUCUACGCUCCAUUCAGAAUAAUCCCAGCAUCGCGGCUGAUUUCCUGCCCACCUUCAUGUACUGUCUCGGCAGCUGCGACUUUGAAGUCGUCCAGACCGCCCUGAGAAACCUGCCCGAAUACACCCUCCUUUGCCAAGAACACGCAGCAGCCCUGUUACAGAGGGCUUUCCUGGUGGGCAUGUACGGGCAGAUGGACACCAGCAGCCAAAUCUCGGAAGCCUUGAAGAUUCUGCACAUGGAGGCCACGAUAUGAAGGGUGGAAGCAGCGGAUCCGAAGAGGAACCUUGUCUAAGGUGGCUGGCCAGCAACUCUUGAGAGGAGAAGAAAUCUACACAGGAGACCAAAAUCCUCCUGCCGGAACAUUUCCGAUAAAAGAAGAGACUUGAAGGAUCCUGGGAUUCAUUCCAUUCCGGGAUCGUGGUUUGAUUGGGAAGGAAAAUGUUUCUCCAUCCUCCUCUGUGCAGCACAAGGGAAGCAGGAGGAGUCGUUUUAUUUGGAGAGCUAAAAAUAAUAAUAAUAAUGAGGGUGCACCCUAAAAGUCUUCCUGGGGAUCACAUUCCAUCCCGUUGAACAGGGGUAUCAAACCUUGGCAACUUUUAAAGACUUUUGGGCUCCAAACUCCCAGAAUUCAGGGAAUUGAAAUCCAAACGCCUUAGAAGUUGCCAAGCUUGAAUGUCGAAAGCACCUCCUGAGAAACGAAUUCAGCUGUUUUUUCUUAGCCUUUUUAAAUCAAAACGUCGUGUUUCAUGUUCUUUCCAAAUAUACAAAUCUUCGUUUUGGUUUUC